UGGAUUGGAUGAUAGUAUUUCUAUUAGUUUGUGAUUGGAUGGAUUGUCAUUUUUACCGUUCCAGCUUUAUUGAUUUUGAAGUUUGUUUGAAGGUUAUUUUAAUUUUGCAAAAACUUUUACUUUCACUUUGGUAUUGUCACGCUAUUCUUUUAUUACUAUUUAAUGCUUACGUUGAUAAGUAAGAAUUUACUUGCAUGUUUAUAUAAAACACAAGAUCAAUAAAGUAAGGCAUAAGUGUGUAAAAAAAUUUCUAUCGCUUAUAAUGUUAUUUGUAUAGGUCGUAAAUAGAAACAUGGGAAUGAAUAAACCGAUUAAUGUGGAAGGGUCACUUUCAGAAUACCUCUAUCCUCCAGAGAUAUUAAAGAGGUUAAACUUUGAUAAGAGUCCAGCCAUUUUCAAACCAAAAAUUAGUGCAGCUAAUCCUGGAGAAGAGUGGAUGGUGGUCAGGCCUUUACAGCGAGCUGAUUAUGACAAAGGUUUUCUGCAACUCCUGGGCCAAUUAACCAGUGUCGGAAAUGUCUCUAGGAAACAAUUUGACGACCGGUUCACAAAGAUGAAGCAAUCAGGAGGAUACUAUGUGACAGUGAUAGAAGACACCCGUAUCGGCAAGCUCAUCGGUGCAGCUACACUCACCAUCGAACAGAAAUUCAUACAUAACUGUUCUCUGCGCGGUCGUUUAGAAGAUGUAGUCGUGAAUGAUACAUACAGAGGGAAACAACUUGGAAAACUAAUCGUAGUAACAGUGUCCCUGCUGGCACAGGAGGUCGGCUGUUACAAGAUGUCGCUGGACUGCAAAGACAAGCUGAUAAAGUUCUAUGAGACGCUCGGGUACAAACUCGAGCCUGGCAACUCCAAUGCCAUGAACAUGAGGUUCGACGACCCCUCUUGACAAUUAGCCGCUGGGGCAUCCGACCUGCGCUCCAAACUAAGUGUAAACUUUAGCAGUUAGAAGAAGAAUUUUACCACACUUUCGAAAAUAGAUACAUUAGAUGAAUUACUAAUAGGGUACUGGAAAAGAAAACUCUGGAUUGUCACGAAAAUCAUUAAAUCCAUUGAAAGGCGACAUUGUGGCAUUGUGAUAAUAUUUCCCAGUGACCUAUUAAUAAAAUGCAGAAUAAAGUACAAGCAUUGAGAAUUUCAUUCAUCAUUGUCAAAUCAACAGACGUCAAAUCCUCUUGUCAGCCAAUCAACUGAAUUCUUCAUCAAGAAGUCAGCAUUAACUGACUUCAAAUUGUCUAUGCUCAUGUUAUGAUAGUGGCGAUAAAGUGAGGCAAAGAAUUUAUACAUGUGAUAGUAUUUCAACAGUUUGACACAACGUGUUAAUAUAAAGUUCGUUUAUUAGUUGUGAUGACUAAGAGGUACCAAUGUGUUUAAAAAAAAGCAAAUUUAUGUGUGUGCAAAACAUCAGCAUACUGUGCCCUGUAGAAAUAGGAAUAUAAAAACUGAAAUAAUUUUUUGAUACUCCAUAUUUAUUUUAUUAUAAUACUCACAUUUCUCUGGGUACAUUGUUUUGUUGGUAUUAUGCAUACAAAUUUUACAUUUGUUGCCGUGUUAUUUUUGAAUGACGAUUUUUUUAGACAUUAUUUUGGAAUGAAUUAUCUGGAAAUAUUUAAUUUUCGAGAUAAUAAUACACUUAAAACUAUAGAAGCUGCAAACUUCGUUCAUUAGAAUAAUACCAUUAUUUUUUGUAUCACACUCACAUUGUUUGAAAUACACAUUCAUAUAAGUCUCUUCGGCUAUGGAAUCCACUGUUUUAAAUUUUUUAUUAAUAUCUGUUUUGUUAUUCUUGAUAAAUUAUUUGCGAAAGAAAAUAAAUAUAAUAUUGUGAAUAUCGAUAAAAAUUCAUAGACCGAUUCAGUCUGGUUGUUGACAUGCAAUUAGCCUACGUAAUAUAUAAAAUUGGCAAUAAAUAAAUAUUGCACCACGCAUAUAAAAGUAUCCGUCAAACACAUUCUUAUCAUCCGACAUUAGUAAUCGAAACUUGAAAUUGCAUAAUACAAGGGAACAGAAUCCCAAAUCGAAAAUGUGUACAUUUUCAAGUGUCGAUAUUUAAAAUCAAACAUACAGUCGUCGUUACAAGCGCUUAUUCAUAAAUUGACACCCUCAUAUCCCGAUCACACACAUUACAUCACCCGUAACUAAAGAAAAAGCAUUUUUUUUCUGUAUACAUAAAAUUUUAUACGUAUACUAUAUAAGUUAGAGAAAAAUAUGGCCAUACAGUAUAAGACUUAGAUCAAGAUUUUGCCAUUAGUUACCUAACACCUGUUAGCAAGAUAUCGUUUUUAAAAUCUACCGUAUAUAUCGUUUUUAUCAGGUCGAUAUCUCGGUAUUUUUUUAUAAUAUAUAAAAUCCACCAAAUUUUCCAAAAAUUUGUUCAUAUGCCGAUUUUCCACUGGACUUGUAAAAUGACCACAUUUUGGUGAUUAUCUACUCUAAAAUUCUAGAGGUUAACAGCUGUUUUAAAAUAAAACAAAGAGAAUUCUUGAGUCUGUUACUGUCGCAAAGCAAUGGUUCGUUCACAAUAAAUUAACUAUUGCCAAAAAAAAACAUUCUUGUUAUUUUAUAGCGUUUUAGGACCGCAAACAGUAAAUUCAUUGUGAUCUUACCAAUAGUGAGAAAGUUGACGACUUACAUAAGAGAAAAUAAUUGAAAUUUAUCAGAUAAAACAUAUAUUAUAGCGAAAAACCAAAACUAGAACCUCCAUAGUACCUCCUAUGCGUUGAUUUUACUUUGAUCAGAUUUUCCGUUCAAGUCUGUCGCUAUAGAUACGUAUAAUUUUGUUAGCUGUAGCUAUCUGCUACAGUAUUUAGAUUCCUCACACUCGACCAAAACAAAAUCUUUACUUGUGGAAGUCUCAAACUUCAAAUAGCGCGGCAGCGGGAGAAACCUAAAUAAAUAUAUAUAAAGUCGGCCUAAAAAUAUUUUUAUAGUGGUUUUCUGGCAUGACGAAAGUGAUCUAAGUAUAAAUAGAAAAGUAGUUUAUCACCUUAAAUGGUCUAUUCUCACUUGAGCUUUUUAUAAUUUGGUGCUUUAUUUUUACGAAACUUGUUCCCAAAUUACAUUUCAGUAUAGAUGUAUAUAAAUAUUAUAAGUAUAUAUUUCAUGAGAGUUUACAAUUUUAGUACUGGCCAUAAGUAAUAUUGAAUGAAAGAAAAAAAUCUAAUUUAUCUCAUGUUUUAUCAUCACAUAAAAUACUUACUUUCAGAAAUUUCUUACCCACAGAUUCGAAUUAAAAAUGUAAAUGAUAGUGCCUAACAAAUAUUUAAUUAUACGAAUAAUAUCUGUAUACAAUGGAACAAUGUAUUUCGGAGAAGAGCUGCAAAAUAAAAUUCCAUAAACAUUAUGGAACACUUCGCGAGAUGAGCGAAACGCGCUACAAACAA